UCACCAAUUAUCUUAAGCUCCAUCGUUUUGGACCUUGAGAAUCACAUUUCAAACAUUCAAAGAUUCAAAAGUUUAAUUUGUUGAUAACAAUUAAUUAAGUCUUAACGAAAUGGCGAAAUGUCAAGCUGUUCUUCUUUUGGUCGCUGCUCUCUGCGUCCUCUCUUUGGCCGGCUUCGCUCAGGCCAAAAACAGCCACUACAAAGUCCAGGGCACGGUGUACUGUGACACUUGCCGUAUCCAGUUUAUCACCCGCAUUAGCACAAUGAUGGAAGGUGCGACAGUGAAGUUGGAAUGCAGGAACAUUACUACACAGGCUUCGACAUUCAAAGCUGAAGCUGUAACUGACAAGCUAGGGAUGUACAGCAUCCCAGUAGAUGGUGAUUUCGAAGAUGAUAUCUGUGAGAUUCAGUUGUUGAAGAGCCCAGACAGCGAAUGCAGUGAGAUUUCUCAUGAUGUCUACGCAAAGCAAUCUGCUAAGGUUAGCCUAACAGCUAACAAUGGUGAAGCUACCGAUACCCGAAGCGCUAACGCUCUCGGCUUUAUGAGGAAAGAGCGCCUUCCACAGUGCCCUGAAGUUCUCAAGGAGUUGGAUCUCUUUGAUCUCCCAGCUAAUUAAGUAUUUAUCCAAAAUGUUACCUUUUUUUUCCAGUUUAAAUGUAUUAAUUACCAGAAUAAGCAUAUGACAUUUUUUUUAUUAUUAAAAAAAUGGGUGUAAGGAACAAAAAUAUUUUUAUUUAUAUAGAGGUAUAAUUAUACAUCAAGUUUUAAAAAUUUGAAACUAGCCUUGUAAUGUUAAAUUAUUGAAAUUUCUUUGCACCCUUUUUGAGUUUGGUGUUCUAUGUUCUA